AUGAAUCGAGAAGGAUCAGAAGAUGAUGGUGCUACUGAUAAACCAAGUUAUCUUUGUUAUAAGGCUUACAUUAAGACGGCUGGUUAUGUUAUAUUCAUUUCAUAUUCAAUGAUUGGAAUUAAACGAUUAUGCGAUCAUAUAAAUCAAUGGAUGAUGCUUAAUCGAUGUACUACAUGUCAACCGUAUGAAGAAGGAAUUACCGGGGUAAUGAUUAAGUUGUUAAAGUUUUAA